ACAAGAGCAAACACGUUGAGCGCUGCACCGACCGAAGCAAAGCCAUGGCCACUGCACCCUCUCCCACAACCAUGGGCACUUACUCUUCUCUCAUCUCCACCAAUUCCUUCUCAACUUUCCUCCCAAACAAAUCCCAACUUUCCUUAUCUGGAAAAAGCAAGCACUACGUUGCACGCAGGUCAUCAAUCUCAUGCAAAGCCACAAAUAAUAACAAUAGCAAUAAUCAAAAUGAACAACAACAAGAAUCUUCUCGUUUGUUGGGAAAAUUGGACAGGAGAAAUAUCCUCAUUGGCCUCGGCGGCUUGUAUGGCGCCACCACCCUCGACCCGAAACCAUUCGCCUUCGCCGACCCGCUGGCCCCACCCGACUUAACCAAAUGCACGCUGGCUGAAAUCACCACCGGAGGUGAAACCGUUGCCUGCUGCCCUCCAGUGACAACAAAGAUCAAAACCUUCAAACCAGACCUGUCGAUCCCCUUGCGGACGAGGCCCGCAGCCCAGCAAGUGACUGACGAGUACUUGGCCAAGUUCAAGAAAGCCCAAGCCGCCAUGAGAGCCCUACCCGAUGACGACCCACGUAGCAUGGCGCAACAAGCUAAAGUUCACUGUGCCUACUGUAACGGUGCAUAUCCACAAGUAGGGUUUACGGACGUUGACAUCCAAGUUCACUUUUCAUGGCUCUUCUUUCCCUUCCACCGCAUGUACUUGUACUUCUACGAGAGAAUCCUCGGCAAGCUCAUUGAUGACCCAACUUUCGCUCUUCCAUACUGGAACUGGGACUCUCCAGAUGGCUUCCCAAUUCCGGACAUUUAUACUGACACCAGCUCCCCACUCUACGAUCAGUACCGAAACGCCGACCACCAGCCGCCGGUUCUGGUGGACCUCGGCUACGGUGGGACAGACGAUGACGUGGACGACCAGACAAGAACAGACGAGAAUCUGGCCAUCAUGUACCGUCAGAUGGUUUCCGGUGCCAAAACUCCCGAUCUGUUUUUCGGCCACGAGUACAGGGCCGGUAGCACAACCACCGGAAAAUACGCCGGCACCAUCGAGAACAGCCCUCACAACAACAUCCAUCUAUGGGUCGGCGACCCAAACCAGACCUACAAGGAGGACAUGGGCAACUUCUACUCCGCCGGUCGUGAUCCCCUGUUUUACGCCCACCAUUGCAACGUGGACCGCAUGUGGAGCAUCUGGAAAACCCUCGGAGGCAAGCGCAAGGACAUCACCGACACCGAUUGGCUCGACGCCGAGUUUCUGUUCUACGACGAGAACGCUGAGCUUGUAAGCUGUAAGGUUCGGGACAGCCUCGACACAGCGAAGCAGCUUCGAUAUAAUUACGAACCUGUGAGUCUUCCGUGGCUGUUCACAAAGCCAACCGCUCGUAAAACGAAGAACAAGACGAAAGCUAAGGUGGCUGCGACGCAGCUGACGUCGAAGUUCCCGGCCACAUUGGACUCAAAGACGACGGUUGAGGUGGCGAGGCCGAAGCCGAGGAAGAGGAGCAAGAAGGAGAAGGUUGAUGAGGAGGAGGUGCUGAUCAUUAAGGACAUUGAGUUCGAGGGUAACGAGGCGGUGAAGUUUGAUGUGUUUAUUAACGACGACGCUGAGUCGCUGAGUCGGAGGGACAAGUCCGAGUUUGCUGGGAGCUUCGUGCACGUGCCGCAAGGGAAGACGACGAAAGCGAAGACGAAGACGAACCUGAAAUUGGGGAUAACGGACUUGUUGGAGGACUUGGGAGUGGAGGAUGACAGCAGUGUGCUGGUGACCUUGGUGCCUAGGGUUUCGGACUCGCCGAUCACCAUUGGUGGGUUCAAGAUCGAGUAUUCUUCUUGAUCUUAAUUAAGAAUCGAGGCCCUUAAUUAAUUAAUAAAUUUGGUGCUUGUGUUAAUGUCUCUGCGGAAUUGAUGGCUUGCGUUGCCCUGCUUUUAGUUAAUGUGAUUUUCUAUCAGUGUUUGGAUUAUGGAGCCAUGCAAUAACGUACGCUGGUCUUUCCAUGUAAUUAAUAUUCCAUUGUUUACGCGGAUGGAAUAUGGAUGUUGUGUGCUUGUUCAUCAAUAAAGCUAUUUCUAGCUAGUGCUUUGAUUCA